UCUCAGAGCCUUGCCCGCACGUAGAAUCUUCGGCUAUGUCAGGGACUGUCAGGAACUGCCAGGAACGUGUUCUGUGACAGACCACGAGUCAAGCAAAUUGCCAAGCGACGGGUUUCCGCGGAGAGUUUGUACUGCACGUUGACCGGCCUAUUUAGCCUAUGGAUAGUUCUUCAUACCCCAUGUCUUAUCUGUGUAUUAUUGGGCAUUCAUCUCGCUAUAGAAUCGCUGCAUGUCCAUUUUAACUUUUGACUUUAAUACCGGGGUUCAUUUUUCGCCGGCAGUUCGUGAUAUCCAGGGGCUGUAAACGGCCCCCUUGGCCAUGCGCGAACUAUAUACUGUCUGUCUUUAAUUCAUUAACCGUCUAGAGCCCUGGGGUAUAUCGAGUGCCCUUUUUGAGUCUCUUUAGUCCCACGGCCAGGACGCCAACAGACAAGACAAGACGAAGACAAAAUGGCUGCUCUUCAACUUAUCCAAGAUACGACUACGCCGGUCGAGAGUCGAGACCGGGCGCCCGACCGAUCUGUCAACACCAUCAAUACCGCUGCACAAUCGUUAUGUAUUAUAUUUAUGACUAUCUUUUGGGGUCUGCGAGUAUACGCCAGGACGCAUGUGUUCAAUGGGUUCAAUAAAGAGGACAUGAUGUGCACUGGUGCAUAUGUUCUUGGUGUCUGCUAUUCUGUCAUCGCUCUGAUCAUGGGCCAUUUCGGAGGAGGAAUGCAUAUCGAAGAUGUCCCCAAGGAACACAUUAUACCGUUUGAAAAGACAGUCUAUGUGACAAUGGUCAUGUAUGGUCCUAUGGCGUUCCUCACAAAGACCUCUCUACUAUUGAUCAUGACGAGAGUAUUCAGCCCUUACAAGAAGACGGUCAUAUUCAUUUACAUUAUCCUGGGAAUUAUGCUGGCAUACUAUAUCCCCGCUGUCAUCGUCAAGAUCCGCAUCUGUUCCCCUAUCUCUUACUUCUGGACAAAAAGCGGGCACGGUACUUGCCUGGACGAGAGUGCCAUUAUUCUGGCAGACGCGGUCGUUAGUGUCGUCAGUGAUUUGGUCAUCCUUACACUUCCUCUGCCCUUGACUCUGUCGCUGCAGAUGCCGUUCAGGAAGAAGAUGAGAGUCAUGGCAAUUCUCGGAGCGGGUGGCCUGGCUUGUGCAUCCAGUAUCAUUCGUUUGAUUUUUAUUGUCGACUUCGCCAGCUCUCCGGAUGGAACGUAUCAGUUCAUGCGGAUCAACAUGUUUGGCAAUGCUGAGAUCAGUAUCGGAGUUAUCUGUGCCUGUCUUCCCGCUCUUUCUGCUCUCAUUACUACAUACUCUCGCGAAUACUCUAGUGGGAAAGGAACCCAUACUUCCGGUCACGAAAUGAGUCGGAUGAAGAAUUCCAGGAGCGACGGGACCAAAGGCAGCAAGCACAGAAUGAGUAUACUGGACGCUGGUUCAGACCAAGAUAUACUCAUUACGAACGCCCAGGGGGAGCCGAAGAUCGAGACCUCAAUCCAAGGUGAUUCGGAACGCCAGACGGCACAGUAUAAUUCUAUGAAUGGUAUCGGAAUUAUGAGAACAGUUGAUGUGCAGACAACCGUCGUCACUACCAAACAGUAAUCCGGACUUUUCCGAUGUUCUAGCACUUGACUGCUCUAUGUCCGUGCCGGUCGUCUAUGCAAAAAGCAUGUCUAUCCUGACUUAUUACGCAGCCUUUUACUUUUUUCUUUGUUGAUACCCUUCUUAUCUUGCUCACAUAUGGUCGCAAGUAUCUUUCCUAA